AUGGAUGCUUUUAAUUAUGGUCAUGUCUCUCAGGAACAGGAACAGCAUAUUCAAAGCGAAUGGGACAACACGGAAAUGGAAAUAGAAUCACCUGCUGAUACCGGUGUUCCUGUUAACACCGGUGCCUCUACUGAUAACGGCAAGGAUAUAGCGUCAGACACUGUGAUGACCAGUGAUAUGUGGAUGGGUACGUUCCCGGCAGAAAGGACCAAGCCCGCUGCUGGAAAUAAGUCUGUGGAGGACUGGGUCCUCGUGCCGUUGGAGCACCGUCGGUCCACUGGAUUCCUGGGGCCCAGAAAACGACACGUUCAGUUUGUCCUUGCGGACAACAGGCAAAUGUACCCCACUGUUCCUGGAGCCAGUCUCUACGGUGCAAGUGUGACGAUGGAGAUAGUUGGGGGCCCUGUCGCACCGAAGCUAGUCUUCGAAAUCUGCGUCAGGAACACCCGCAACAUCCAGAGAGGCUUGUGGCAUCCUGUGAACCUUGUUCACAGGGCUUCACUUGUUUUCGACUUACACGCAGGCCCGGAUGUCCAGAAGCGCGAGGUCUCUGAUCUCGUGUGCAGACCCAUCUUCUCGAGAGACCAGAACGGAGAAUACUGCGACCCUUGCUACAUCGACGUGAAGUUCAUAACGACGGGCGGCAUCUCCACCGGUCUGAAAUUCACAAACGAGAAGAAGGAUAAGAUGGAUGAGCUGACGAUCGCGUUCUUGGAAUUCCUGUACGCGGCCACCUCCUCCCAUUCACGGGAAAGGAGGCAGGUGCAUGUCCGGGUUCCACUCAAACCGGACGAGGUUGAGCACGCAGGAAACUUCGUCGAAGUUCUUCAGGGAUUCGCCGAGCACUUGCCAUGGACCCGCGCAUGGUUUCCCUAUCGCUCCAGGGUGGGAAACAUCAGAUGCCAGGCUGGACAGCUAGUGCCAAGAGCGCAGGUCGCAGAAGGUUGGAAUGGUCAGCUUUGUGCAGUUCCGGCUGCUAACUACUUCCAUGAUAUUGAGGAAGCCAGCGUGAAACUCACCUACGGUGCAGACUUGGACUAUCGUGUGGGUAUUAUGCAGUUCCAGCGAGUCGUCAACGCAAAUGCGUCGGUUGCGUUUGUGGUUUACGAUAACUCAGUUGUAUACGCUGUUGUUUACAUCGACCGAUCGCAGCUCAACGAUGGCCUCCUCCCCUUGACCCUCCAGCAAACUGACCUGAUGAUUGCCGACAGCACGCGUGUUGAGAUCACCUUUAUGCCAGAAGGUGAAGAGUCCACGAUCGUCUGUCGCGGUCUGGUAGUUCCGGACCACGCAGGGAUCGGUGAGGGUCAGAUCCAUGUCGCCAUCUAUGGAAAACAGAUACUGCGCUACAAGAACAUCUUCUCAGUGCCUGGCCAGCGACUCAGGUUCAUUCAGGCUGCAUCGCUCAAGUUUGAGGAGAAUGAAGCGCCACUCCGACGACAGAUUAACGCACUGUCACACUUACGGGAAGACCCAACAUGGCACAUGGCUUUCCUGAACCAGGAGCCGUGUCUGCUCAGCAAGACAAACCCCUUUGACGGCCUGGACCCUCAGAAGGUACAGGUGGCUCUCCAGGCGGUACUCCACCUGAAGCCCUGGAAUAAGCAGCAGCGGCAGGUUUUCGAUAUGGCCGCCAACCUCACAUCCAGGAUCGGUCUCGUCGAAGGUUUCCCUGGCUGUGGAAAGUCGACGGUCCUCGCGGCCCUCGUGAUAUUGUACCACCUGGCCGGACUCCACGUUCUGAUCGUCAGUCCCAGCAACGCGUCCGUAGACGCAAUUACGCAGAGACUGGUCAGUCUCACUCAAGGCUCAAUUGACUAUGUGCGAGUUCGUCAAGCUCGCCUGGAAGGUGUCCUGUCGGCGGAUGGUCCUGACCACGAAGAAGUUUCGCCGGAUGCUCCGACCAGUAGGGACUCUGUCAUUGCAGCCGUGCUCCGAGACGCCAAGGAAUCCUACCAUAAACGCAUAGCGGGAGACCCGAAGUACACCUUCUUCGAGCACGUCAGGCGCCGCACAACGACUGCCAUCUCAAAGGGGGAGAAACUCAUGAUAGCACGACAAGUGGAUGGCGUUCCCGGUGACGAGUUUGAUGCCUACAGCUACUUCUGGAAUUAUCUCUGCAACCCUCCUCUGCGACCCACUGACAAAAACGCCACUGGAGAACUGGCUGCGUGGAAGGAAGAACAGGCAAAGUUCCGACGCGCGUACAACGAAAUCUCGGAAGUUGUGGUGAGGGAGGCAUGGAUCGUGUCCUGUACGGACAACCUGGCCGGCACUGAUCUGAUCAGGAAGAACUUCGCGGCAGACCCUGCGAAUCCAUGCAAAGGUAUCAUCGUCAUAGCCGACGAAGAUGGACAGGCAGUGGAACCCAAUGCCUGGAUACCGCUCGUUUCACUGAACCAGGCCCAGUUGGUACGAGGGACGAUCCGAGGAGGCGACAGACACCAGUUACCGCCUCUUGUUGUGUCCGCGUUUACCUCGCCUGGAUUGAAUGAGUUCAGCGAACAACUGGGGAGGUCGCUGUUCGACCGACUUCUCCAAGCAGGAUUUCCUUCUUGCAUGUUGAACGUCCAGCAUCGCAUGCACCCCGACCUGGCAGCAUUUCCCAGCGCUUUUACCUACAACGGGCUCAUGAAGACGGAGAGCGGCUUGGAGGAUCAUCCUAUGCGCCCAGAAUUGAAAACUGGGUUGCUUAACUGGUUGAGGACAAUCUGUCCCACCCCAUCCAGAGAGCCGGAUCUACAUCUCAUCGCCCUUGAUGUAAAGAAUGGCGAGGACAAGGUCGAGCCUCGAAACAAGUCCCGAUACAACCUGCAAAACGUUGCUGUCGUGAUGGAGCUGUUAUCUUAUCUUUUUGAUAGCAAGGCACUGUCUCAGGGUGGUGAUGUAACUAUCAUCACCCCGUACUCAGAACAGCGCUCUUGUUAUGUGACGGCUCUGAUCAAUUUCGCGACACAGAAACGUAUUGCAUGGCGCGACAUUGCCAAGGUCGCGACCGUCGAUUCAAUGCAAGGCCACGAAGCAGAAUGCGUGAUCCUAGACUGGGUGGUUACUAGCGCCGAGCGUAUCGCGGACCUUGGGUUCACCGUGAACAACAAUCGCUGCAAUGUGGCGAUUACGCGUGCGAAAGAAUGUCUCAUCGUGGUUGGGAAGGGCUGCAUCACAGGCUGUGCACUGAAACUGAAGAGAAAGAGGGAUAGCGACGCUGAGCCGGAACAGAAGCCAAUCGAGAUUGUUGAGUACUGGAAGCAUCUAUACGAGCGAGAUGCGGUAUACGAGGUCACUGGAGAUCCAGUGACCUCGGAGUAUGUGCACCAUCAGUCGCAGGAACAGGAGCAGUCGCAGGAGCAGGAGCAGGAACAGGCGCAGGAGCAGGCGCAGGAGCAGGAACAGGCGCAGGAGCAGGAGCAGGAGCAGUCACAGGAGGGCGCGCAGCUGCAGGAACAGGAUAGUGCAUGGGAGCAGGAAGCACAGCAACCGGAUGACGCCUCGAAGUGGGAGUCUAAGUUCAAUGAUGCGACAGACGCCAAGUGGUAG